AUGUCAACGAUUUUAUUAGGCGAAUACGAACAAGAUUUUUUAAAAGUUGUAGAGCUUGAAAAAGGAAUCAAAGAUAUUAAAUCAGCUGCAGCCAAGAAAAAAAAAAAUAUAUUAGAUAUAAGACAAAAUGCUGAACAUCUAGAUGAAAGAUUAAAAGUAGCAAGAAAUUGUAUUGUAUUUAAUAAUUUAAAGAGUUUUAGAAGAGAAUAUAGAAUAUUAGAGAAAAAAGAACAAACUGAAUAUGAAACAAAAGCAAAGCAAUACGAUGAAACUCUUCGUAAGCUUGAAAAUGAAUUGAGAUGGGCAGAGAAACAAAAUGAAGGUGAUCCAACAAAUACAGGGGAAAUUGCCAUCCCAAUAAACGACCAAGCACAAAAUCAAUAUAAUCAAGAUAUGGCCCAAGCAAAGAGACUGCAACAACAAGAUAAAGAAGCAAUAACCAGAAUGGAGGCUCAAGGAGUUGAAAUGGUAGAGAUUGGAAUAAAUACUUUAAGUGGAAUGGAACAUCAAAAUCAACAACUAAAAAAAAUAGAUGAGAACCUCAAUCAGGUGGAAGAUAAUUUAAAACUAGCAACCAGACAAAUGAGAGCAUUCGCAAGAAAAAUGGCAACAGACAAGCUAAUCAUGGGUCUGAUUUUAUUAAUUGUGUUGGCAGUAUCCACUCUUUCUACAAAUUAUGAACAAAAAUUAGUAUCAAUUAAAAAAAACAAAAUGAUUUUAUUAGAAUUAGUAUCGUUCAUAGGUGAUGAUGUAGCUGACUUUGAAGACAAUGAUGGUAUUUCAAUCAUGAAUCCAAAAAAUAAUAUCGAUGUAUUGGAAGAAGAGGAACCAACAAUAUCAUCUUUAGCUAUUUCAAUGUAUUUAAUGGUGGUUGUCUUUGUUGGAGUUGUUGUAUUGGAUUCUAAAUCAUAA